UUGUUCAUAUUUAUUUCAUUUCUUCAUUUUUAUUUUUCAUCUCUUCUUCUUCUUUAUUGCGAUUCUUAGGUUUAUCGAAAUCGAUCAAUCACUGUUCUUCUCUCUCUCUCUCUCUCUCUCUCUCUCUCUCUAGAUAUCGGAAUCGCCCUUUCAUCUGCUCCCUCGAAUCUCAUGGAAUUCAAUGGAUUCCCACAAGUUCCGGGACCGAGUUCAGGGUCGAGUUCGAGCUCCGGAUAUCACCAGUUUCUGAAUUCGCCGUUUGGGGACACCACAUACACCAAGGUCUUCGUCGGAGGACUCGCCUGGGAGACUCAGAGCGAUACCAUGAGGCGAUACUUCGAGCAGUUCGGCGAGAUUCUUGAGGCCGUCGUUAUCACCGAUAAGAAUACCGGUCGAUCCAAAGGCUACGGUUUUGUGACUUUCCGGGAACCAGAGGCUGCUAGAAGGGCCUGCGCCGAUCCAGCUCCAGUUAUCGACGGCAGGCGUGCCAACUGCAAUCUUGCUUCGCUCGGGCGGCCAAGGCCACCUAUGCCCUAUGGACGUCCCAGACCUGCCACCCCAUACGUUGGAAAUGUGCAAUCUGCUCGUGGGACUUAUGUUGGAAAUUUUGGGUACCAGCAACCACUCUCAUACGGCUACCAAGGGCUAAUGUAUCCACAGUAUGGGUAUACAACAUAUGGGCCUGAUUAUGUGUAUCCACAGGGUGGUUACAAUCCUUAUACGGGUCAGCAAUACCUUCAGAUAUAUGGGUUACCUGGGACAGUUAACACGGCUAUGUAUCCUUAUGGACAAGUGAGUCAAACUCUUCCUAGUGGUCAGGGUUAUACAGCCAUGCAUGGAUAUGCAAUGCCUGGUCAUCAAAUUGUGCAGUUUGGUGGACCCAGUGUUAAUGCUUUGACAACUUCGCCUAUGCCUACAAUUCAAUCACCUUAUCCCACAGGUAUGGCAGCGCCAGUUAUGGCACAACCACAGUUUAUAGUUCCUGCUCCUUCUCAGUACGUGCAAGGUGGCGGUUCUGACCAAACAACUGGGUGAGGGGUUGAUUGAGGUAUCCUUAGAUUGCAGCAGGACUAAGAGCAGCGGAACUGCUACUUGAGUGGCAGGCUUCGAAUCUAGCCUUGCAAAUUAUUUGUUUUGCAUUCUAGAGUAUUAUUUUUCUUUUAUUUUGCAGGUCAUACAUAGUCAUGAUGCUCACCAGAGAAGUCAGAUGUCAGAGUCGUUGCUCCUGUUGGUGGAGAAGGAUUGUGGAGGAUGCGGGCUGUUCUUCCUCUAGGACCUUUCUGUUUAGUGUAUCGAAACACUUGUAAACUUCCAUUGCUCACGACGAGUGGUCGGAGCUGUCAUGCAUUGAAGGGUAUGCUAGAAGUGGAUUCUGGCGACCCGGGUAGGAAUAAGACUUAUGUAAAAAAAGUCAACACGUUAGAAUCAACAUAUGAUUCUUUUAUAGGGUAGUUUCCCAGCAUUUUGGGUGUAUAGGGUCUCUGGUGUACGUGUAUUCGCGUCGGUCCGUCGUCAAAAAUGUGAUAUGACUUUUGUGCUUAUCAGUUGUAGGAUUUUUUUUUUUCUUUCCCCCACGAAAGCUCAAAACUCCUAUGAUCUGGAUGAUCUGGGAGCCUGGCUUCAAAACCAAAGGAGAAGCUUCAGGUAUUAUUUAAAAAAGUUUUUUUUUUUUUUUCCUUCUGUGUGUAAUAAUAAUUCAUCUUUUCUAUUUCAGGGCCUUCCUUCAAGGUAUCCUAGUAUUAAUAUUAAAAUAUUAAAAAGAAAAAGGAAGGAAAUUUCAUU